AUGUCUAGCCAGCAUACUCUGCGCAGCUCUCUUAGAGACACAACAUCCGAAUACAAUGAUAACUUAGUUGCAAGAAACAAUAGAAAAAUUGUUAAGAAGACAACAACUGUCAAGAAAACAACCCCUUUCAAGAGAUCAACGCCAAUCAGUAAUAUAAAAGCAGAUGUAACACAGAAAAUGAAUAUCCCGAACCACAGACACCUAAAGUCCAUAAGUGUGCUAGAAACAGAUAUGACUAAUGUCAGCAUGAUAGAAAACCUUUCAGAUACUAAGGAUAUAGAAAAGCCAACAGAAGAACCAAACAUCGCGGUCAUCUUCAUUAACUAUACAGAUGCCGAGGAAGCAUGCACAGACCCAAUAUCAGAGUUUGAAAACUCCAAAUCAAGGUUAGCACUGACACUAAACACAUACGAAACCAAUUAUAAAUCAGUUAGAAUCCGGGAUAUCCUUCAACACUUGUCCAAGAGAGAUAUCACGACAGGAGCCACCAAAUUUGAUCCUAUUGAUGACAUCAUGCAACAAGUCGGCGCCAAAGCGUGUUACAUACCGCAAACAAAUGAAACACGCAAAAGAUUCACAAGUUUAAAUUUCACCUCCCAGGAGGACCUUACCAAAGCAACGGCAAGCGACAUUGAUUUCAAAGGAUACAAGCUCACAUAG